GAUGGAGCAUAUAAUAAGCUAACGUAAUACUCAUCAGUGCUUCAUUCACCUAGCAAGCUCAGGCGACCUCUCGCUGCUGAGCUAGCUGAGCUGAGGAUGGCGGCAGCGUGGAGGCCGCGUGACAACGAUGACGACGACGAGGACGAUGCGGGCGGCGGAGCCGAUGAUGAUGAUCCGCACAGGAGUGGCCCUAGGCCUACGCAGACCCGUGUUGUAAGAGGAUUUGUGGACCAAGAAAGUAUUCAACAAAUAUUCCACUAUCUGGAACCACUUAUUAGUAGGGUGGUGCGAGAGGAAAUCCAGAACAUCUUUUCGCAUUGUCACAAUGAUCACAUGCCAAUCAGGUCUCUUCCUCUACGCAUCCGAGAGGCACAUGUCUUGCCCCAUCUGAAGCUAGUCUUUGCUAAGCAGCUUAAGCAACCAAUCUUCACAAACAACAAAAUCGUUGAUAUAGCGAACAACCCAAUUGAAAUCCAUCUCAUGGACACGACAACCAACUCUAUGAUCCCACCAGCAGAUACUCACCUUGGACCAUCAUCAGUAGUAAGACUAGAAGUGCUGGUUCUGAACGGUGAUUUUCAGUGUGAGGACCGUGAUGUGUGGACGGCUGACCAGUUUAAUGCAGUGGUUCUGAAGGCUAGAGAAGGGAAGAGACCAUUGCUCGUGGGCUCACUCAAUGUCCCUAUGAACAAUCAUGGAGUGGCUGUGAUUGAUGAUGUGUUCUUUACUGAUAAUUCGAGCUGGAUAAGGUGCCGGAAGUUUCGAAUUGGUGUGCGCAUCAUGCCCGCGGAUCAUCUUGGAUCAAGAGUCAAAGAGGCAGUGAGUGAGAGCUUCACCGUCAGAGAUCAUCGUGGUGAAUCGUACAAAAAACACUAUCCUCCUUUGAUGACUGACAACAUAUGGAGGCUCAAGAACAUUGGAAAAGAUGGACCAAUCGAUAAGAGGUUGCAGUCUGAGGGGAUUAGGAACGUCCAGGACUUCUUGAAGCUUAACACCAUAGAUCCUGAAAAACUCCAAGCUCUCGUCGGCAUGUCAGAUAAGCAAUGGAACACAACGCUGAAUCAUGCAAAAACGUGUGACAUGGGACGGAAAUGUUACACUUUCAAGACUGUAGGGUGUGACAUUACCUUUAACCCCAUAGGAGAGGUCUUACGGGCAAGAAUUGGAGACCAUACAUUUCCUCUGCAAGAACUGCACCCAUAUCAACUGUUCCAUGUGAAGCAACUGGCCGCUCAGGCAUACCAGAUGUGGGAUCAACUGGAAGAAGUACCCAAUGAAAAAUUAUUUGCUGCAAAUAAGAGCUUUGUUCCAAGAAGUAGUUCUGAUCAGGAGCGGACUGAGAGCCAAGCAGAGAGCAUGAUCAGCUCAGGGUCGCAGAAUACUAAGUAUCUUGACUACACAGGAACUGCUACCUCUGGUGCCGCAGCAAUGCCGAACAGCUGCAGCACAUCAGAUUCUAUAGGAGCUGCUCCAGCUGAUGAUGCCAUGCUCUGGAGACCGAGCAUACCACCAGAAUGUAACUUCAGCUGGCAGGACUCAGCAGCUUGUUGGGAUUAAGUGGAUUAACCUUUCAUCGAUGUUGCUUGUUUCCUGUUUCCAAUAAUGGCAUGUUUGAUCCAUAGUACUUAUUGUACUAUUGGGUGAAAUGUUAUGCUUUUGAACAUGCGACUGCUUGCACGCGGUUUUUCAAUUCAAUAAAACUAUGUGAACACAAGGUCGUUGAUAUAUGCCCUUGUAGUUUAGGUUUGUGAUAAAUAAUUAUCAACAGAGUAGCAUCUUCCUA